AUGAGUAACAAUGGUACAAGCUGCGAUGGCGAUACUCCCGCAACGAACGUCUUUUUUCCACAAACAUGCACGCACAUAGCUCAUGACUUCAACAUUAAGGGUGAGUUACGCACUGUUCUAGUUACCGGCGGCGAUCGUCUUGUUUUUCUCAAGGAUGGUGUUCGUGUUGCGGAAUCGGGGCCUCUACUCAAGGGCGAUUUGUUACUGUGUGGUUCUCAUCCUAUCACACAAACUUCAAUCAACACACCGCCAGCUGAGUUUCCUCGGGUUAAGCAUAUUUCAAUAUGCCCGUUUUCUAAGGAUACGAUUCGCGUUGUCAUGGUGACGAACAAUGUUGCGUGUUUGUUUGAGGUUGAUGAUUCCGAUUGUAUUCGGCAAGAUUCAGUUUUACCAUUGAAUAAGGGAAUGAUACCCAAGGAAUCGCAAACAGCACCACUGCAAUCUUUACAAUGGGCUUCCCACCACGGACGUUUCGUCGGUAGUGGAAACCCACAGUCUUCGUCAGCGGAUGCCUCUGCUCCCGUACUGGGGCCCUCUCCAGUGGUGCCGAACUGCGCUAGUGAGUUCCGUGUGCGCGUGCGACGACUGGGCAUAUCUGACCCUACAGAAGAACUCGAUCCUCUGCGUCCCCUUUUCGAUUCCCCCAGAGAUGAUGGUGAGGCAGGCCUGUCUGCAAAUCUCUGUCGGAGUACGCCCAUAUCGAAUCAACGAGACGCACGUACUGUGAAAUUAGGCUUCCCGAGGCUAUCGCAUGAACCGUAUCAGAUGCUUGUUAAGCGAAAGACACGUCGCACAACAAUAGUUACAGCAGCUUUCGUGACGGAGCACACUAUAUGCUUGGUCUACGAUGAUGAAGCGAUUUUGGUGAGUUUGAGUUCAUCUGUUUGUGAUUUCUAUGAAAAGACUGAAAAUGCGACAGCCAUGGUGGCGGACGCGCAGGUUCGAACCGUUUGGCGUUCUAUGGGUGCUUAUACUGCCCUUGCGGUCUGCCGUUUCAGCAACUCAGUUGCCCUUUCUCUGCAAUCCUCCACGAUUGUCGUGUUCCCUACCAAUGUCAAACAAUAUCCUAUUGAUUCGUAUGACUUUCCAACGGUGUCGAUGAAAAAAACACCAAGUACAAACAAGCCACCGUUCGUUUCGCUCGCCACCACAAUGAAUUCCCUGCCGAAUACUUUAUUCACACAUGGAGGAAAGCCCACUGGUAGGGGAAGUGAUUUGCCUACGACGUCACUUCCAUUGAACGGCACAUCCACAGAUCGCCGUGAAGAUGCAGAUGUGGUGGCGGAUUCGUUGACGAUCCUGUCUGAGCACGGUCUGACGGCCUUCCUUGGAAUUUAUCGUAUCCAUUGCAUGGAAUGGCAUUGUGUUUCAACUCACACUUUACUUUGUGUUACCUGUGUGCACCCCCGAGACGGCGGGAUGUGCGUGAUGCUCUACACGAUACACUCGCUGCCAACCAUGCCUCCCUUCUCCAACACACUGCACCAGGACGAGGACAUCAGCUAUCGCACGAGCCCGUCUGAUGACGACCAAAGCGGUUUUGACAUCAGCAGGGGGUUGUUUCCCUCUGUUUUACAUCAAAGCUACAUCCUUAACAACUUCGUACAGCUGGUUCCCAUGGGCGUCAUCCCCUUCAUGCAUACCCAUGGCAUAGAGCACUUCUUAGCGUCGUCAAGGCUUUCUGAGGCCACAUCGUCUGGUUUAAAGGGCUCAUCCGCUUUGACAUGGCCAGGCAAGCGGGACGCCUCCACAAUAUUUGUUAAGUACUCAGUCGGCCAAUGCAAUCCCUCAAAUCUGUUUCCUCUUGGCGGGCAUAUGACAGGAAGGGUUCCUUUGAGAUCCAAAUCAUCGUUAGUCCUUCGACACACAGGCCUCAUACCGAGCUUCUCGUGCAGUUCAGAAGACUCUUCACUGAGUGAUACUCUACAGUUCCUGAAUGUUGAGGCGGACGGUACUGUGUGGACUUCCUGUUACAGAUCUGGUAUCCAUCGACAUUCGAGCUCUGUGAUGCAGAGGGCUCAGGGCUUGACAUGCAUGAAUCUCCUUGCCCCGCUCUUCAAGCUUUACGGCACGCUCUACCGCAUGGACGUGCUGCCAAUGUACAAAUACCGACCCUUGGAGAUGGGGCCGGUGACCCCACAUUCGAAGCUGCCUAUGAACGGCGCACGCCGCUAUCGGUUUGUUGGUCAUUUUGACAUGAGCGGAAUUGUAGCUGUCAUCAUGUUAGACCUGUCGGUCUCUACCUAUCGUGUUGAGUGUUUCCUUGCAGCAGGUUCGCGUCCAAUUCUCUCCUUGUGCACGCUUGCCCAGCCCUUCGUCGCGUGCAGGGGUUUUGGUGAAGAAGACAGGCUUGUUGCUGCUCUUUUGGCAGACACGGAUAACCUCCCUGAUGGCGCCUCCCUUGCCGGUAGUGGGGAUAGUGGUCAGCCCCAUUACACGGGACGGGGGGGGGGGGUACGAUCGAUCGCAGAGAGUCGGACUGACGAUGUGCAUGGAUGCUGGGGUAUUGCGAUUUUUUCUCAGCGUUGGACCUUCAGAGGAUUUGCUAGCACGUUGCUCAUGGUGGCCCCGUUCACAUCUCUGCAAAAUCACCAGGCGAUGUCGUUAAACUCAACGCAGAGUCGUGGCUCUUCACCACAGGCUCCGGAGCCGAAGUCGGAGACAUUCCCACCUGUGAACGAUUUAGAGCUAGGGCUUAAGGCUGGAAUGGGGGCCAGGCAUUCUAUGCAGCGCAAGUAUUCAGACAGAAGGUUGAUAUCCCCGGCUUUGCCGGAACCACUCAAGAUUGAUGAGGUCCAAUUGUUCAACCAGCAACAGAAACAAUACGAUGUUCACCCUGAUGCAGGAAAUUUCAUACUGCCGAGUGAGCUUAAAGGACAGUCGCCAUGCAAAUUUGGAAGCCCAAAGAUAAAUUCCAACCUGACUUCUGACGCAAUGUCGCAGGAUACUCCUUGCAAAGAUCCCCAAUAUGUCCUUCGGGGUGGUUGCGUCAUGCCUGAUGGGGAAUGCUUGUAUCUAUCCGCCUCUUAUGACCUUUGCUAUACCGGAGAAAUGGCUACCACUACUUACCCUGAUCAUACGCAAUCAUUUUCACCUUGUAGUGAUGUUGUCUCGCGUACAAGGACCACCCCUGCGGGCUUUUUAAUUCUUCUUCCACCUGCAGAGCUUGAAAGUCCCGAUUUGACGCAUUCAAACAUUCUAGUCGGUGGCGCCUGCAUCGUGCGUGCAGGGCCUGCUACUUUCAUUCCGAUCCAGAACCCCUUUUUCCACCUUCAAGAACUCGUUGGAGACCCAAGCAAUGACGGCGUUGGUGAGUUAAAGCAAGCUGAGGGCAUGCUUGGGGGUGGGGUCGAUCCUUUAACAUCUAGAUUGCGACGUAUCAUAUCUUACCUUCAUGAAAUCAAGGACAGUGCUAAAGAGGUGCAGUGUGAGGUGGUAGCCCAGAGUUCCAGAACGGAGGAAGGGGUUUCGACUCCAGCGUGGGGGGUGCGUGUGCGGAGCCCCGCACUUCCCUCUCAAUGGGUUCAACUUCCUAUUGAACAUGAGAGGUGUAUGACUAUUACACAUAUUAUAGAUCUCCAAGGGCAACUUGUGAUGAACGACACGGUGAUUGGCGUACUUGUUCGAAAGUGCCGUUCUCCUCUCCUUGAGCCUAUCCAAGGACAGGAAUCCUCGCUCAGCCCGGGGAAGUUGAUGCGGGGAUUCGAGGCUUGUGAUAUUGACGACACUGAGUUGCUUCUGUACGGGAUUCCCGCCAUGCAGCCUGACAGAGGCGGUGAUGAUCCUGUGUUUGAUCUAGAGGCGAUCAUUACUAACGUUGAUUCUUUUUUUAUGGGUCCACGCGGUGAGGUGCUAGUGAAGCAUCGACACAGGCUAUCCCGUUGGCUUCGAAGCUUCCCUAGCUUCCAGAGUAAUGAUGGACGCGUCACAGGCCACUGCUACAGUUAUGUAGAGGAUGUGCAACAUCGGUUGGAAUGGUUCCAGCCUUCAUUUCCGGUCUCACUGGCAGUUCAUUCUUCAGUUGUUCCUUCUGCGCCCCAUCUGAGCACAGUGGCCUCGUGCAGUGUGGAGAAUCUCAACAAACCCAAUGGAGGUGACGGCGGCAAUUUUCUGGCGAUGACUUACAUAACGGAACCAACUACAAAGAUGGGGGAUAAUACCGCUGACAGCGAACAAUCCGAGCAGCGGUCCCGAGUUUCCCCUCGAACUCAUCUUAUCUGUUCCUUUUCUGACACUGACUACCUCAGAAUGUUGCCCACCCCAUUCGCCUCGGAGGCCGCCAGCUUUGAAGACAGUGUACGACCCGUUCCUCAGUACCAUCCUGAGUCUGUAAUGCAGCUUAUCGGCAUGGAGCGAUGGCGGGCGCUGGGCGCAAUAUUGGGCGCGGUAGCGAAAGCUGCUCGCGCAUGCGUGGUUGCCAAAGACAGAGCUGCGCUGGGCCAUGAACUUUCUGUACGUGGUUCCUCGGAGUCUUCGACUCCGUGCAUGGCUUGCGGUGGUGCAGGGCGUGUACCUUUAGCGCCUACCCCAGGGGUUGUCAGGGGGUUAUUUCCCACAGCUAUUCAGGCAGCCACCCUGGCGCACGAGCUGUGCACUCCUCGUCAUUAUGGAUCUCACAGGGGGAGGGAUCCGUGGACCUUCUGUGCGCCAAGACCUGUUGCCCUUGAUGUUGCUUGCGAAGAGGAAGCCGCAGGCGGCACACCGUCGGUAAUGACCAGUCUCGCAGCAUGUCAUUUCUUUGAUACCGCCAUGAACGAUGACCUCAUACAAGACCUCAGAGUACUUCUCCCUAAGGUAUCCCUCCACGGUCUCAGCAGUAGGGCUCAGCUUGAUCUUGUGUGCAUCGUGGAAGCCCUGGGGGCAGCGCGCCGCUUUGGGAUUAGUCUUGACGAGGCUGCCUCGCGCUUUUACUUCUUUUUCAAGUUGAACGAGCUGCGUGGGCGGUUGCAACCGGUGGGACUGAGCCCGGCAACAACUGGUCCUGAGGGGGGGGUCACCAUCUUGCAGUUUGCCACUGACCACACGGCGGCACGCGUCGUUGUAACGAUGUCGUAUCUAUGGGCUGCCAUGUCGGACUCCCAGGCGUUGAUCCUGCGGGAGCUCUUACCUGGUCUGCCCAUAGAUCUGUCGUAUAAAUUUUCAGGGGCCUUGAUUAGUGGGGCGGCUGGAGAGGUGUUUCUUCCUUCCCCUAAAGCGAUAACUUGGGAAUUUCUGGAGAGAUGUGGCGUGGCGUAUUGGCUGAAGGAUCCGUCACAACUCCGGGUGCUGGCGGAUGCUGUUGCCCGGGAACAGUUCCGAGCUACUAAGAGCAUACCAGACUGUGCUUUGAUGUACUGCAUCUCGGGGAAUGUGAGUACCUUGGUGGCGCUAUGCAAGGAGCGAAAGGAGAACAGGUUGCGUGACUUCUACAGCCGAGACUUCAGCGAAGGGGCCAAUCGCCGCGCGGCGGUAGCUAACGCGUACGCUGCGUUGGGCAAGAACCUGAUCAGCUACGCUGCCUCCUUCUUUCUAUUGGCUGGGGACCUCCGCAGCGCUGUCCAGAUUAUUCUGCAGCGACAACAGAACCCUUCUUUGGCGUUGUUUGUGCUCCGUUCUAGUGUCAUUUCGCAACGUGACAAUUCGGGCGCUGCAAAGGUAGCGACUACGCACGCUGAGGACUUACAGUGGUUCCUCCAGGUUUUGCGUGCAGAGUCAUGCGGCGUGCAGAUGGAUCUAUGGCUCCAGGGAUGUCUUUACUGGGUAAUGGGUGGUCAAGAGGGUAAAGUUACCGCACUUCAGUGCCUCGCCCGACACCCUACAGGGCAUCCAGAGGUGUUGUGCGUACUGCGCCACGCACGCAAGAGGGUGGCGGAAUUGUCUCAGCGCGAGAGGGACUUUCUUUUAUUUGAAUGCGAGCUCUUAUGUCUUCUACGUUUAGGGCGGUAUUGCCAAGUUCAUCGACUGGAUCUGAAUGCUCAACUCCACUAUGCUGAUGUACAGAGGUUGCUCAAGGGCUACAGCACUGAGAUGGUGCUGAUGCCUCGUAGGAACCCCACUGGUGCAUGGACCGAAUUUUCAAGUUCGCAACUUAUCGAGAAGAGGCCAAGGACGUCAGCGAAAAAGUCUCGACUUCAGUCAGACUAUAACACGGGGACAUUGAUGUUUGAGGGAUUCGGCAAUAGGGCGAGUGAUGAUGAUGAGGAUGAAAGCGUAUCUACGGAGGCAGACUCCCACACACUCGUCGGGGAGCAUUGGAGCGAACGAAAAGUGUCAGUAUCGACAAACACUAUAGGACCUGCGUCGACAGCUAUUGACGCUUUGAGGGGCCCUGUACUUGGCAUCUCGAAGCGUUUCGUUGACAUGAUUGAGGCAGAAAUUGCAUAUGCCACUCUGAUUCUGCGUGGUGCUCCGUGCACCGAACAUUGUCCACGGGCCUAUUCCCCACAAACAGACCGAGAUAGGGGUAGUUUGGCUCAUCCAAUGUGCACAUCUACUGUGCUUUCCAUAACGGACACGGGACUUUAUAAUGUUUUGUAUCCACUGCUUCUUAGCGUGAUGCGAGAGAGUCCGUCUGCGGAGAUAGAGCGCUGCUUGACCAACUUACUUACUUACCUCCUGCCUGAUCUCGUGCAGGUGGCGUGGUCACCUCCGCUUCCUAUUUUAUCAUCCCCACCGCAUUCGGACAUCUCCCAGACAUCACAAUUUGCUUCCCCUUUUCCGAGGAAUCCCACACAUGUGGUACUAAUGAUGGUACUAUUUCUUUCACUCAGUGAAGUUGCGACUAGGUCACAAAAUCAACCAUUAGCAUGUGUAUUGGUGCGGGUAUCGUGUUACUCCCUUAAUGAUCUCGAGCGUGGGGCCACUUUCGUGGGCCUCCCUGCCGCGACGCGUGUGCACCCUGUGGUGGCUUUCUGGAGCUGUCUGCAUUACCACCUUGCUGAAUUUUGCUUCGACAACCACAGGGAUAGUCACGUAACGAGCGGCCCGGACGACACGGUUGUAGGGUCGGAGGCUGUGGACCACGCCACCGCCAGGUCAGGUGACAGCGACCUGGAUGGGGGGGGUAGCCUACCGGUGACGUCCUCGGAAUACGAAGCGUUUUACCAAACUUUAUUUGCUGCUGCUUCGAAUGAAAAGUGUAUUCCGAUGACUUCUCAGGGUUCUUCUACCGCCACCACCCCCGAUCCCGAGCGGCAGCUGUUUGCGCGUGAGGUGGACUUGAUUGACUGGCACUUCGCCUGGUCCAGCUGCUACGUGAGCGCGCACGUGCUUCAAGUGCUGUGGAGUAUAUCAGAGUAUGGCGCUGAGAUGGCGAAUCCGCAGUCGCCUACCACACAGUUAGGGGUCCGGGCUGAGAUAUCGCAUUCAUUUAGGGAAGGUACCCCAAGAUCUAAAGGGGCAUCUUAUGAGGCAGAGUCGUUUGAAACCCAGCACAGCUUUCGAAUAUGGGUGUUGCUCUGCUGCUGUAUGGCCUACGCGACUCUCCAUUUUGACAGACUGGCAGCGGAUUGCUACACAUGCCUGCAGCGGUUCCACUUGAGCUACAAUGACGACAGGCAGACAGCACCAAACGGUGUGCUCGUGGAGGUGAGGCAUGCGCUUAGCCGCACAUUGGCAGCGCUUUGUGCGUUUCUGGAGGUGGUGUCUGCAUCCCGCUGCCGAGCCGUGCCGACCUUCGCUUUUAAAGCAGACUCUGCCUCUGGUUGUUAUGAGGGAGAUAUCACGCAGGAAAAGGUGGGGGCAGAGGAAGGUCUAAAGGAAGAGAACGCUACAGAAAGUACUUUCGCCGAUUUUUCAUCGCUGCAUCCUCCUCUUUUGGGAGUCCCAUCCACGAACAUCGCCGCUUUUCUGGUUCGGCUUUGCGCAGCCCACGCGGAGCUCUUUUUGGGACUUCCGUCGGUUGGGCAGGCCGAGACCCUAGAGCACCUCCGAAGACGACCGGUGCAAACCUUUUCAUUGCUGCCCGGCAGCGAGAUUGGUGUCAUGACGGGGUGCGGUGGUCGAACUUGUGGGCAGGGGGGUGUGAGUGUGAGCAGAAACCCCAUUUUCCGUAUUUUUGAUGCGCCCGCGGGAGAACAUGGUUGCGAGGGUGGAGAGGGUUGUGAUGGUGGGUACGGGUGGGAGCUGGAUCGGCGUGGUCGCGCGGUGCUUCAGCGGAUGGAAUUGUACUGGCAGCGACUCCAUCAUACCUACAGAUCCUUUCGAAACCAGCUUCUAACGAUCUCAACUAAAGGGAUCCUUUCAGAUGACCCCCUAGUGACGGAACGCCUUUUGCUCAAUCACAGCAGUCACAGUAUCCGAUGCCUGGACUUUGAUUACUCAAGUUGCGAGAGCUUGGUGUGGGCCACCGAGGCUGGUCUAUUUGUGAGCCACGGCUUUCGUGAGCUUCUUGCCAGUGACAACGAGGACGCGUUGAAGACCCAAGCCCUAGAGAGGAACAUGGCAACAGCGGCCUUCUCACGUGGGUUUGAAGCACAGUUGAGGUUGUUGGAUAUGCUUAAUUCAAAAGGCGGUUCUUUAGCAACGACACCUUCAUCGGCGGCGAUGACACUGGCAGGCCGUCCACGGGCUGCCAUCGCCGUUAGCAUGUGCUUGGUAUCACACCCACAUCUCCCGUUUUUUCUCAGCAACCACCCAGACGGGCACCUGGAUUUGUAUCCUUUCGCCUCCCCCGAAUGCAUAGCAUCGUACUUAUGCCCGGGAGGCUGUUGUGCGACGACGCCAGUGAGCUUCAGCACCAAUGGUUGGCAGUUCACUGUGGGCCUUCAAGACGGCUCCAUUGUGGGCUGGCGCUUUGCUACCGUGGACGCAGACAAAGCACUAAUGUUUUGCCUCCCAUCGUGGUUCCUUCCCUCUGGGGUGAGGGCAGUAUUUUUCUGUGGGGAGCAGACUUCGAGGGUUGUGGCUGUGGGCUCCGUUUUGGAGCCACACCGCACAAAUCCAGUCUUUAGGGGGGUUUCAGGGGACGGUGACUACAUCAUCCGCUCACACGACAGCAGACCGCAAGCGCCCGCAGGUGCUACUCAUCAAGAGAGUCGUGACCCUUUCACGGCAACAGCGACUUGGCUUCCGUCAGAUGAAGAUAGCAUAACCGAAAGUGCCCAUUUAGAUGCCUCCCUCCAGGAAUCCGUGAUGAGGGCCUCGCUGACUAGCGCAAGCAGCAUUCCGACUGGUCGAAAUCGUCACCCACAUCCUGUUACGGUGCAGGUUUCAGAGAUUCUCGUCAUCGAUACAGCAUUGAAGGUCGGGGAGGUUGUGGUGCGCUGCGCACUGCCAUUCACGGCUGAGUUCGCGGUCUAUCUGAAUUCUCUGGACGUUGUGUUGGUCGUCUCGGUGGAGGGUUUCAUCGCUGCCUAUGAGGUUCACUUGGGCAGGCUGACGCUGCUUAACGAUAUGCCCUUGGCCGAGAUGAUCCAGGGACGGCGGCUGGGCGGCUCAAGAUCGAGUGAAGCGCAUUUGUCCGAUCUCAUCGACAGCGCCUCGACGGAAAUGAUCACCGCAAUCGCUGUCAGUCCCUACGAUCCUAUCCUUGCGCUUGGCACCUCUUCCGGUUUCGCUCUCCUCCUUAGGGUGAAUACGGUGGCAGAGACUAUCCGUUGCCGCAACACGGGAGGUAAGCCACACAGCAACAUAGCGAAACAGUGGACUUUUACGUAUUUCCACCCACACCGCACGCAUAUCAGUCAACACGGCCACAAUAGGGCCGUCAACCGAGUUCAUAGCCUUCCGUCGCGUGUUGAGCCCCCGGAUAGGAUAGGUCGCUUAGUCUACUAUUACGAACCCACAAACCACCACGGUGGGUGCCUCGCGGACUAUGUUUUGAAAGCGGAAUCCGUUGGUAGCGACGGCGAGUUGGCCGUAGACGCGCCUGAGGGUGAGUCAACGCGAUGCCUUCCACUUCUGCAGCAUGCCACGCGCGUGCAGAUGGCGCCCUUGCAGGGACGGCCGAACUCGUCGGUGUUAGACCUAAAGUUUGCUCCUUCUGUGCUCCUUGCAGGCCUAAAAGAUGGUUCGCUGAUGGCUGCACGACUGAUCCCUGAAUCGCUGCGACGGUUUUUUUUACAUCGCGUACCGUCCAAAGUAGAUGUUUAG